AUGAGGGGAGAGGUAGAAACGCAUUAUGUUGUACCCCACCAAACUCCUGAGAAGAUAUUAAUCUGUCCUAUACAAUAUAUGAAGAAAUGGAACACCUGUUUAAUUUAUAUCCGAGAACCCAAAGUAAUGAGGAAAUUAAUAUCUAACCUAAAUGAAAGCGUAAACACACAAGUCAACAGAAGGGAAAAAUUGACUGGUUUCGCCAAACCCAACUCAUCAAACACCCCGUGCCUAUAG